AACACAAAAGGAAAAGCUGAUAUGGGUUCUCUCUUACCUCCAAAGCUUCCCUUGAUAGAUUUCUGCAAAAAAGACGUGAAGCCGGGAAGCACUUACUGGGAUUCAGUGCAGAAAGUGGUUGUCAAAGCACUCGAAGAGUUCGGUUGUUUUGAGGCCCGAUAUGAUAAGAUCAGUGUCGAGCUUCACAACGAUGUCUUCAAGCAAUUGGAAGAUCUGUUCAAUCUUCCGGCCGGGACGAAGCGCAGUUUCGUCGACCCCCAAAGGCCAUUCGACGGCUUCGUCGCAGACCGACCUCUAUCACCUCUCUACGAAGCAAUGGGAGUCUCUGGCGUCCUGUAUUCCGGGGGCAUUGGGAAGUUAGCCAGUCUCAUGUGGCCUCAGGGAAAUCCAAAAUUUUGCGAAACACUGAAUCCGUAUGCACUGAGGCUCUUCGAGUUGGAAUCACUGAUCACCAGGAUGGUGUUCCGAAGUUUCGGCGUGGAGAAAUAUCUGGACACGCAUACCGACUCCUUGAACGACUCGAUCCGGUUCAAUAGAUACAAAGCUCCGAUGACUAGGGAGACUCAGAUCGGAGCAACUGUGCACUGUGAUAAGAACUUCUUGACCAUACUUCAACAAAAUCACGUGAACGGGUUGGAGAUGCAAACAAAGGAUGGAAAGUGGUUUCGCGUCGAGCCUUCUGCUUCCAACUUUAUAGUCAUGGCUGGAGAGUCAUUUCUAGCAUGGAGCAAUGGCCGAGUGCACAGCCCGAGACACCGGGUGAUGGUGAGUGGGAACGAGACGAGGUAUUCGACUGCUUGGUUCUCAUCCUUACGAGGGGUGAUCCAGUGCCCGCCGGAGCUGGUGGACGAGCAACACCCUUUGCUCUUCAAGCCUUUCGAGGAACUUGGUCUUCUCCGAUUCUACGAAACAGAACAAGGCUUCAAGGCCGAGUCGACUCUCAAGGCCUACUGUGGUGUUUGA